CUCAACAGGCAGGGAUUUGCAGUGUGUUCCCCUCCGCCGACUGAGUGGAUACAUGAUCAGUUCGCCGACUUUCCUGAGGUCGGUGGCCCCACCAACACGGUGCCACUGCCUUUUGGUGAGUUUGUGAACUACUCCCGUUUCGCCCGCUUUGCGCGGGUGCGAAAUGUCUCGGAUGCCCAGGAGCUCUUGUUGGAGCUCUUGAAGGCCAAGACCAUCGAUCGGACGGAAGCCGACCAAGAAGAGCUGCUAGCUGAGAUCGGUGGGCUCUUCAUGAAGCACGAGGGUUGCCACUGGGCCUCGGGGCAGCCUUUCUUGGACCUGUUGGCCAAGUCCUUUGAGGCAAGGGCGAAGAUCUGGCAGCACAUGCGCUGGUACAACUGAAGAGUGUUCCCAUGUGAUGUGGAGGGUUUCGGCCAGCAUGGCGCUGGUUAAACGGCACAAGCUGAGGGCCAAGGAUCCCGGUAGACGGCGUGUGGCUCCAGGCCGAGACGAAGCAGUCUCUCAACCGGCCGACGCCGACGUGUGUGAUCCGUGCGAUGGAGAA